CUUAGCAUAAAGGAGCUGACUGCUUCCUUUGGUUAUUAUAUUAUAGCGCAAACUACAAGUAAAGGCCUGACUUCCGUGUGAAUCACAAGAGGUCCAUCCAUCUUAAAAGGAUGUGGGUGACAGCUGCAGCCCCUCCUUGUGUUUGGGAAACCGGUGCCUGCACGCAGGGUCUGCCUUUUCUUUUUAUUUGAACCUUUGUAUGAAAUUGUCUAAAUUACAGGAGUGUGUCACCACACCCAGACCGCAGGACUGAGCCCAUUGGUUUCUAGUCCCCCCACCUUUCUUUUUCUUUUUUUUCUUUUUUCUUUUUUACCUUAUACUUAUGUAUGACAAGUGGGAAGCGUCUCCAGUCCAGACCAGCUCAUACCUGCGCUCCCACCGAACAGAAACCUGGUGGGUCUGAAAUGAAUCUGAACAGCAAACCUUCAGCGCUCCUCUCACUUCUCGGCGUCAUGCUGCUCUGGCCGUAUGUGCUCACCAAGAGUGUCUCGUCCAGCGACUCUCUAUCUGCAGGACUGGGUGAUGAGCGCCCCCAUGUGGUGAAGAGGUCAACACAGAACUGCGAAAGCUCGUAUGACAAGUACUGCCUGAACAAUGGCCAGUGCAUGCUGCUGGUGGACAUGAAUAAACACUACUGCAAGUGUGAGAGGGGCUACUCCGGUCUCAGGUGUGGCGACCCGGAGCUUGUGUUUCAACCACAGGGAGAAGAGCAGAUAAUAGUCACUAUUUUCUGUGUGAGUCUGCUGAUUAUAGGUCUGUCUGGAGCUCUGUACUUCUGCUGCAAAUGGUAUAAAAAGAACAAGUUCCCAUGUCAGCAGAAGCGGUUGGGUUACAAAGGAGUCCAGACUGCUUAGAGUGCCACACAGACACCCACUGCAUCCGCCGCUGGCAAAGACAAAGCAGGAUUUUCACAGUUUUCGAAAUGAAAAUUUCAACAUACCCGACAAGCUUACACUCAGUGGCUGGUUUACUGGAUUGUCCCUUCUUACAGUACUCUACGUCACACAGAUUUGGAUCACAGUAUCGAGCAUGCAGAUUGACCCAAAGAGAUUACAACUUUGUGUUGGUUCUAGUUUUUCAGCACCUGCUACUCUCGUGUUUGAAAAGAUGAAUGGUGAGACACAAAAAACAGUUUCUCCCUGUGACACUACCCACAAUAUCGCUGUGUCAGGUCUUAUUCGGGGUAAGAGUACACCAAAGAGAUGCCUCCUAGUGAUACAUGCUUUAAUAAAUUAAGGCCUAGAUGUGAUUAUGUAAAUCUAAUAAUGAGGUUUUUUUAAACAACAAGCCACAUUUUAGCAAUCAUACUGCAGUAUCUUCUUGUUCAACAGGUUUAGAUUUCGUAGCCUUGAUAUCAAGCCUUUCUCCCUGCACUGUAGUAUUUAUUGUUGCUCUUAUGAUGAAUGUUAAAAAUAGCCAUUGUUGACAUUAUUUCUGCCAUUAAACUGGCCACUGAGUGUAACAGUUUUGUGUUUUAUUGUUUGUUUAGUCAAAAAGUAGAUUUUGAUAAUUUAUUAUAAAGUAUUAAUGUUAAACUGGAAUCUUUUCUGUGUUGGAAGCUCUGUUACUGCUACAAUAAGGAAUGCAACUUGAAUUGUUUUUUACUCCUGUAUAAAUCUAUUUUUCUUUCUUUCUUUUUUUACUUCAUAUGAUAUUGAUGUCUAAAGGGUACAGUCUUUUUCUUCCAACAGUUCACAGAUGUUCGACGAAUGCUUCAUAUUUCUGUAACCUUUUUACAUGACAUAUUUUUGCAAUGGCAGUA